AUGUCGACUCUACUCAAUCUUGCACCCUCCGGCGUCACCGGACGAAUUCCCGACCUGCUCCGCUUCUUGAAGAUAUCCAAAAUCUCCAAAUCGUUCUCUCGAAAUGGCUGGGCAAGAUAUGCCUUGGCAAUCCUACUCGGUUGGACAGCUGUGAAGAAGGCGAGCAGAGCGCUGGGCGAUGCCGCCUUGAAUAACUACAGCCACGACAAGUAUGACUGGAGACGGGAGCUGGUGCUGGUUACCGGUGGUUCCGGUGACAUGGGCGACAUGCUCGUACGCAAAUUGGCAAAGAACUGCGUCAAGGUCGUCAGUAUUGACAUAGUUCCUCCAAGAAAACCACUGCCGUCCAACGCAUACUUCUACCAAGCGGAUAUCACCAAGGCAACGUCCAUCAAGGAGGCCGCUGACCGGAUCCGGCAAGAUCACGGAGACCCCACUGUCCUGGUCAAUAACGCCGGCGUCAUGAAGAUCUCCACUAUUCUCGACGAGACGGAGGAGCAAAUCCGCCAAACCUUUGACGUAAACAUUAUUUCCAACUUCCUCCUGAUCAAAGAGUUCCUCCCUUCAAUGAUCAAACGCAACCACGGUCACGUCGUCACGAUUGCGAGCAUGGCCAGCUUCGUGACCGGCGUGCAGAACGUUGACUACUCCUGCACCAAGGUCGGCGCUCUGGCCCUCCACGAGGGGUUGGCACAGGAACUUCGGCAUCGCUACCAUGCACCCAAGGUCCGAACGAGCAUCAUUCAUCCAACAUAUGUGCGCACGGCUCUGAUUGACAGAGUGCACAGCUCAGGAAAGUUCAAGGCCUUGCUGCUUGAACCUGAACAUGUCGUACACCAAAUCUUCAAGCAAAUCAUGUCUGGACGUAGCGGGCAAGUAUAUGUCCCCAAACAGUACUCGCGUGCUGCGGGAGCACGCGGGUGGCCGCACUGGGCCCAGGAAGGCCUCCGGAAUGCACAAAAAGAUGUACUUUUCCACGGUUAG